AAGAAUUAUCAUAAGUUGACUCACCAACUCUUUACCAUGGUUAAGUAACUUGUUUUGAAGUCUCUAUAUAUACAAAUCACUAACGACACAUCAUAACAUACUACUCUCUUAAGCCCUUUCAUAACCUUGUAAACCAUUAAGAGGCUUUGCUCAAUUACAAGAAGAAGAAAAAAUGCUUGUCGACGGGAAACUCGUCUGCGUCACCGGAGCCGGCGGCUACAUUGCUUCUUGGAUCGUUAAGUUACUCUUAGAGAGAGGCUACACCGUUAGAGGAACCGUAAGGAACCCAACUGAUCCCAAGAACAACCAUCUCAGAGAGCUUCAAGGAGCCAAGGAAAGACUCACUCUUCACAGUGCAGAUCUUCUCGACUACGAAGCUCUCUGUGCCACAAUCGACGGUUGCGAUGGCGUUUUCCACACUGCCUCUCCGAUGACCGACGAUCCCGAGACAAUGUUGGAGCCGGCGGUGAACGGAGCCAAGUUCGUGAUUGACGCAGCGGCUAAAGCCAAGGUCAAGCGCGUGGUUUUCACGUCAUCAAUUGGUGCAGUUUACAUGAACCCUAACCGUGACACUCAAGCCAUUGUUGACGAAAACUGCUGGAGUGAUCUUGAUUUCUGCAAAAACACUAAGAAUUGGUAUUGCUACGGGAAGAUGUUGGCGGAACAAUCGGCAUGGGAGACGGCCAAAGCAAAAGGUGUGGACUUAGUGGUGCUAAAUCCGGUUUUGGUUCUCGGACCACCGCUCCAGUCAGCGAUCAACGCUAGUCUAGUCCAUAUUCUCAAGUACCUCACCGGCUCAGCCAAGACCUACGCUAACUUGACUCAGGUCUACGUGGACGUCCGUGACGUGGCACUAGGCCAUGUUCUGGUCUACGAAGCACCCUCCGCCUCAGGCCGUUACAUCCUCGCCGAGACCGCACUUCACCGCGGAGAGGUUGUUGAGAUUCUGGCCAAAUUCUUCCCGGAGUAUCCACUUCCCACCAAGUAAGUCAAGUUUGGCUCUUUUGAACACUUUGGUCAAAAAAUAUCAAAGUCAACACGAUUUAGUUUUAGUCGGUCUAAUAAAUACAACCUUUGGUUUACAAACUAUUUCAGUUUUGUUUUUGACACACCACAAAAAUUAUGACUUGGAGAACUUGAACAUAUCUAUUCAAAAAAAUUAUAAAUAUUUAGUUAGGAUAAAAGGGACAUGAGUGGUAUUUGGUAUUAUUGUGACUCUUGUCCCAUGUCCCAUAUGUUUUAAAAAUGAGCACUUGUGGUUGUGGUGAGAUUGGUGUGUACUAACUCUCACAUCACAAAGUCCAUGUCAUCUGUCACCUACUGCUGACGUUGAAAUCUUACAAGAUCUUAUAGUACACGUGUUUGGGUCAAAUUCCAUUUGACAAACACGUACGGGGGUGUGAAUGUUUUUUCUUCACCUACUCCAAUAUUUGGUCACUAGUUUCAUGACUUGUGUGUCUCCUUUAGUUAGUUUAAUAAUUAAAACGUUACUUCAAAGUGAUAUACAAGAAAUCCUUUUCACAUUUCGUAUUCUGCUGAUUAACAAAAGUAUUGUUUGUUUUAAUGUUACUAGGUGUUCGGACGAGAAGAAUCCGAGGGCUAAGCCAUACAAGUUUACUACCCAAAAGAUAAAAGACUUAGGCUUGGAAUUUAAACCCAUCAAGCAAUCUCUUUACGAAUCUGUCAAGAGCUUGCAAGAGAAAGGCCAUCUUCCUCUACCUCAAGAUUCGAACCAAAACGAAGUCAUCAUCGAAUCUUAGGACACGAUCCACGACCCUAGAAUCUGAUCAUACCUACAUGAAAAGCUUUAUUCUUAAGUAAUACAUACGUUUUGAUUUUGACUAAAGUAUUGUUAAAUCUUAAAUCAUUAUAUAUAGCUGAUUGUUCUUUCUUUCUUUGGUUGUAAUUGAGAAUAUGUUACGCAUAUGUAUUAUACGAUAAUGGAAGCAAUGGUUUUAUUAUCCGAUGUUAUUUUAACGUUGUUCCUAUACAAACCCUAUGAGACUGAUUAAAAAAUAAAAAGACAAAACGAUUCUUAUAAAGUCUAUCGAAAAGAAAAAGACUUUGUGAAUGGUUUCACUCUAAUUAUUGUUUAAUCU